AUGGCACUCCCGGCUCUCACAUCGCACCACGUCAAUUACUUGAUAUGGAGGUACCUUCAAGAAUCAGGCCAUGGCGAAGCUGCUGUGACACUUCAACGCGCCUGGAAUCGUGAUCCGCAGACUUUACCCUUUGCUCCCUAUAUUCGCACCCAUGCGCUAGUGUCCCUCGUCCAGAAGGGUCUCCAGUACCACGAACUUGAACAGUCGCUCGACAAGGCACGUCAUCUGGAGGGUAAUUCUGUCCCAAUUGAGCCCUCAAAUUAUUUCUUUGGUCCGAAACCCUUUGAUCCGGAGAAGCAACAAGGUCCAAGCGAAGCAAGCAUUAGCGCAGACCAGCCGCCAACCUCGCCGACAGGCAAGGUUGCGCGGGAUGGGGUCGUGAUCAACGGUCAUUCGACCGCCGAAAUCGCCGCUCCGCAGACUGUCAAGGCGUCCCGCAAAGGCGAUCGCACGGAAACCAAUGGAGACGAAGUCUCUAUGGACGUCGAUUCCGCAAACGGCAUCGCUAAUGAGAGCAAACCAGAGACCACAGAAUCACCAUCAGUAGAAGAAGCAGCUAACGUGGAUGGCGACGGGGAUGUGAAUAUGGAGAUCCAACCGGUUUUGCAGGACCAGGAACCAAGCGCGGCGCCGACUUUUACCCUGACCACCGGAAACAGCGUGGGCGUCCAGAUCACCCCCGCCAAGGCCGCUGAUCUCAGCCCCGACACCGCCAUCAUCGAUGUGGCUAGUGAUGAGCACGUGACUACAACCAUCUGGCGGCCACAGGACCCUACAGUAGUUGUUGCAGCCGGGGACACCUUCUGCAGCCUAUACAAGCUGUCUUCCACUUCCUCUCCGGUGCAAGAAAAACUCGUCGAGAACAAGGGGGACAAUGUGUGGGUUUCCGCGGUAGCAUGGGACCCUCUUGGCCAGAAAUUGGCUGUUGCGACUUACAAUGACAUGCGCGGCUCUAUCACCAUGUACGACGUGGACGGAAACGCUGUGGAUCUCUUGCCCGAAGUUCCCAGAAUGAUCUCAGGCUUGAAAUGGGCAGAUAAUGGUUCGCAACUGAUUAUUGUCGCCUCGGAUAGCAAACUGUCGGAACUCGUUCUUUGGGACGACUCAUUACGGCCGGAAGAGUUCCCUACUCCGCAAAUAGUCGACGACUCAAUACUUGACGUGACUUGGCUUGGAAGUUCACAGGCUUUUGCUUGCGGCGGUAUGUCGGUAUACCAAUGCGACAUCAAAUCCAGUAUUCAUCUUUCCAAAACCUACUCUUCUGGUGACUCCGAUCAUCCCUGGACAUUCAUUCGCUGUGCAAACGCAGGUUCUUCGCCUGUGGCUGUCGCAGCGUCAUCUUCCAACGCCUCUUUUUGGAUCCCAACUCACGACAUGCACUUGAAACAUGCUCAUGAUGGCCAUAUCACCGCCAUUCAAAUCAAACCCAACCCCUCCGAGCAACCUAAUCAGCCACUCAUUCUUGCCUCGUCCUCCACCGACGAUACAGUAAAGCUGUGGCAUAUCGACCUGGAAGAUAAGAAAUUUGACUGCAUACACAGUUUGUCACUUGGUCAAUCCUCGCCUGUUCUUGCAAGUUGUUUCUCGCCCGACGGGUACGCUCUAGCUGCCGCUAGCAAGGAGUCUUUAUCAAUCUGGAAUGCCCAGCGUGGUGGCACUGCUAUGGCUACAUGGAAGUCCCCGAGCGCGCACCACGCCGAGCCAGAGGAAGGGGAGGUUCCUACUGUGAACGGGCACAAUGGUAACAUAGAAGAAGUGCAGGAUCGCUCGUUAACUUGGGACGCAGACGGGAAGAAGUUGGCAUUCGGGUUUGGCAGUAAGUUGGCAAUCAUAAAUCUGCAACGAUGA